CUCGUCUAUUUCGGAACUUACGCUACCGCCAACCUCUUCGACUCGUUCAAUGCAAUCCAGCACGACCUCGAUCCCUCCAUUGUCUGCUCCACGCCCGCCAAGUUCGCCGCCACCACGACCGUCAGCUCUAGUCUAUGCAUCUUCAAAGAUGCAUACUUUUCUAGAAUGGCCAGUGGUGCUCCUGUGCCUCUGCUGAGUUAUGCCCUCUUCUCUCUCCGGGAUGCUGUGACCAUAUACGCCUCGUUCAACCUACCGAACAUGCUCGCUCCCAAGCUCGCCGAGUUUCCGUUCUCGUCCAUCACGCCUUUUGCCGAGAUCUUCAAGUCGGACGAGUCUAGGUUGAAGAUGGCACAGUUGUUCAUGCCGGCAGCGUCUCAGAUCGUCAGCACCCCGAUGCAUCUUUUGGGCCUGGAUCUCUGCGCUCGUCGAUCCUGGAUGCCAAUUCGAGAACGUCUAAGCGUCAUCAGACAGUACACUGGCUUUGCUGCGCCUCUUCGAAUGAUGCGCGCCUUGCCAUCUUUCGGGAUUGGCAGUGUGGCCAACACUGGGUUUAGGAAGUCCAUGAUGACACGGGUG